AUGGGGUCAGAACAAUCUAAACUUAAACCCGGGAGGCCGGGGCUCACGCGUAGGUUUCGUCGUGGUUCAAGGGAAACCCUAACUGAUGCGCCAAUCCCCGCGGCGACUGCGCAGGCCUUGUCCGCCAACUGGCCCGCUGAACUCGCGACUCCCGACCCCCGCACUGCGAGUCGUGUGCCGGACUCCAUGCCUCGCCCCCCCAACUUAAGUAUUAAUGGGAAUAUCAUAGAGACUUAUGCGGCGGCCACAAAUUCCCCAGUACAUGGCCAGGUGGUCAACUCUAGAUCCCUAGGGCCAGCCGGAUCAAUGGCGCGGACUUCAACACCUGCUACUAGUGUAAAUACCGCAAUUACUACAACCACAGUAACACCCCCGAUUCGCUCAAACGCUACCCAACAGACGGCACUAUUGACACAACAGGCAGUACUUGGGCCGCAAAGCCUAUGGGAACAAGCUUGGAAAAAGUGGGCAGCCAAAAGCGGCGGGAGUUCCAGUUCUAGAGCAUCAACAAGCAUGAAACUCGUCGAUGAACUUAUUCAAGAGGUGGAAGAGAAAAGAGGUCAAUGUGAAGAAAAACGAUGGUUUAGAGUCACAAAGGAAGGGGAGAAAGUAUUUCUGAUGGAUGCACUUCUUGGCCAGCUCAAUAGGUAUGCUAGGAUAGGUGAUAUUGCCAUCCAGCAUCAUCCAGAAAUCGUUGCCCUCGCAUGGUCGGGUUUCCGGCUUCUACUGCAGGUCGGGACCGCUUAUACCGGGGCUAUGAAGAUUGUUACAGAGAGCCUGGAAUAUCUUGUGCGGAUAUUGAGUAUUUGCGAUAUCUACGAGAGGCUUUACUCCCUGGACAAUCUCAGCUCAACCAAACACCUCAAUGAUGCUAUUAUAAACUUAUAUGAAUCAAUCAUAGAAUAUCUUUUCUAUGCCAAGCGGUACCUUGAGCAGAAUACGUUUGGACGGAUCAUUGAUAGUUUCCUUUCAGAAUUAGGAGAGCGUUCGAGUGCGCUCAGGGCGGGGGAGGAAGAAGUGGAAAGAUGGGCCGAUACAGCCGAGAAAGAAGCUUCUGCUACUGUUCGUUCUGUCCAGAAGAGUAGUGCACAAGAUUUGCGGGCUCUUCUUCUCAAUGUCCAGCAGCCGGUCCAGCGUGUUGGGGGCGUUGUGGAGGCCAUAUUCAAAACUGUCGAGAGUGGAAGGAGGCUGGAAAUCUUGCAAUGGCUGUCGAAUGUGCAGUACACGGAUCACCACUCGUAUUUUUCCAAACGUCGUCAUGACAACACCGGCACUUGGUUACUACAGAAUAAUAGAUUUCGAGAUUGGAAAGAAUCACAGUCAUCGUCACUGUUCUGGCUACGAGGUGAUGCGGGAUCAGGCAAGACCAUGUUGGCAUCGAUGGUUAUUGAUGAGUUCUCGAAGAACCUCGAUCACCAUGCACUGGCCUAUUUCUAUUGUCUUUACCAAGAGGAGAGUAGAGAUAGCCCAGAAAGCAUUAUGAGAGCUCUCGUCAAACAGAUGUGCCUUGCGUACCCGGGGAUGAAUCUUCCAACGCCACUGCUAUCAUUAUAUGAAGAACGUGAAAAGACAGGCCAUAGCUCUGGACCACCCAAGCUUAAAGAGAGUGAGGAUCUCAUUGUGGAGCUAUCGAAAGGGGUAUGGAAAACGACAAUAAUUAUCGACGCCCUUGACGAAUGCAAUCCACAAACACGGGGUGGUCUCUUCAAUGCUUUGAAGAGGAUUGUUUCGCUAGCGAGUAAUAUCAAAAUCUUCGUUACCGCAAGGAACGACGGCGAUAUCGACGAGAAGUUACGUGGAUUUUUGAAUCAUUACAUUCAUUCUGUCGAUAAUACGGAAGACAUCAAUAAAUUUAUCGAUACGGAGAUUGAACGACGUUGCAGACCUGAUGACUUGGAAUAUGGGGAGAGGUCACUGCUUGGCGGAGAAGCGCCUCCGGAGUUGAAAAAUAUGGUUAUUUCAACGAUAAAGCAAAAGGCCUGUGGAGUGUUUAUGUGGGCGCAUUUCCAAAUCAUUGCGAUUUGUGAAGAACAUAUUGCCGGAGAUGUUGAAGAUGCGCUUGAGAAAUUGCCAAAGGACCUGGAUUCAACCUACCGGGGGGUUUUCGACCGGAUCGACUCCCAAAGCGAAGCGGCGAGCUUUAUGGCUCGGGAGGUGCUGAAGUGGGUGCUAUAUGGGGAGAAUACCUCGCCUGAGCUGAUCAUUCAAGCGUUGGCAGUCAAACCUGGCGUGGCCGCAUUGGACCAGAGAAAGCUUGAGUGGACCACACGUAAAAUUCUCAGCAUUUGCCAUAACCUUGUCGUAUACGACGAAACAGUUGGAAGACUCCGCCUUGCACAUCUUUCGGUGCAGGAGUUUUUGGAACGGCAACCUGAAUUUAGCCCGAAGGAGAGAAUUCACUGCUAUAUGGCAGAGCUUCUUAUGACUGUACUCACCAAUUACAAUUCCGGCAUGGAAGCCCAGUACAUACCCGAAUUGCUUGCAUAUUCCACAACACAUUGGCAUGUCCAUGUUAAAUAUUCAGGCACUUCUAUGAGUAACUGUCUGAAGGAUUGUUUGAAAGCGUUUUUGAAACCUGGCUCAGCAUAUCACUCAUGGGGUUCAAGGAUUGUUCGUAUUGAUGAUGUCUUGGCCAGCGACGGUCCUGCUGGGUCUCAUGUCUCACCCUUCUGGGCUGCGUGUUAUUACAAUCUAUACAACGUCCACAGGUAUCUUUGGGGCGACGAGACGGGUCGCGGCCUGGAUGAUCAUUUAUCAAUGAUAGAGAUAGAACAGCCGAGGGGGUUGGACGCGGCCAGCCAACUCAAUACCAAUAAUAGGUAUGGCGAUACACCGCUAUCGCAAGUUGCGCAUGAGGGGCACUCAGAGAUUUUGCAAAUACUACUGGACACACCGGGGAUAGACAUGAACAGCAAGAACGACAAUGGUAAUACACCUCUAUCAAGAGCUGCACACGAGGGACAUGCAAAGAUCGUGCAGAUACUGCUAGAGAAGAGUGGGGUAGACUUGAACGCCAAGGACAAAUUUGGGGAUACACCGCUGUCGCAGGCUGUAUAUCGGGAGAAGUUUGAGGUAGUACAUGUGCUAUUAGAGAAGCCGGGAGUAGACCUGAACAGCGAGGACCAAAGUGGCCGUACACCACUAUUUCAUGCAUCUCGGGGGAGCGGGGCUAUGCUCAAGCUACUGCUAGAGAAGCCGGGGGUAGAUAUUUUUCGAACCGAUAUGUUUGGAGAUCGCGCGCUAUCACGAGCAGUGACUUUGGGGAGCAUAGAGGUAGUGAAGCUACUGAUAGAGAGGCCUAGGCGGGAAAUAGAUCUGAACUACCGAAACAGGUAUGGCAAAACAGCACUAUCAAUAGCUGCAGAUCUUGGACGCACAGAGAUAGUGAAGCUGCUGCUAUCUAAGCCGGAGGUAGACCUGAAUACCAAAAACAACGACGGCGAGACACCGCUAGCAUUAGCUGCACGCCAUGGACGUGCAGAGGUGGUAUGGCUACUGCUAUAUAAGCCGGGGGUAGACCUGAACACCAAAAACAACGACGGCGAGACACCUCUAGCAUUAGCUGCAAGCCAUGGACAUGCAGAGGUGGUAUGGCUACUGCUAGGGAAGCCGGGGGUAGAUAUUAUUCGAACCGAUAUGUUUGGAGAUAGCGCGCUAUCACGAGCAGUGACUUUUGGGAGCAUAGAGGUAGUGAAGCUACUAAUAGAGAGGUCGGAAAUAAAUCUGAACCACCGAGACAGGUAUGGCAGAACACCACUAUCAAUAGCUGCAAAUCUUGGGCACACAGAGAUAGUGAGGCUACUGCUCGAGAAGCCAGAGAUCGAUCUGAACAACAAGGACAAACUUGGCUUUACGGCGCUAUCAUUAGCUAUUAGAAAUAGAUACACAGAGGCGGCGAAGCUGCUGCUAUAUAAGCCGGAGAUAGACCUGAACAGCCAGAACUACGGCGGUGAGACACCGCUAUCAUUAGCUGCACACCACGGAAAUACAGAGGUGGUAUGGAUACUGCUGUAUAAGCCGGAGGUAGACCUGAACACCAAAAACAACGACGGCGAGACACCGCUAGCAUUAGCUGCACAUCAUGGACGUGCAGAGGUGGUGCAGCUGCUGCUAUAUAAGCCGGAGAUAGACCUGAACAGCCACAACUACGACGGCGAGACACCGCUAGCAUUAGCUGCAAGCCACGGACAUGCAGAGGUGGUAUGCCUACUGCUAUAUAAGCCGGGGGUAGACCUGAACAGCAAGAACGACGACGGUGAGACACCGCUAUCAUUAGCUGUACGCCAUGGACAUGCAGAGGUGAUAUGGGUACUUCUACAUAAGCCGGGAGUAGACCUGCAAGUCGCGAGUAAGACACUUCUAUCAGCGGCUGUGGCGUCCGGGCGUAGAGAAUUAGUAAAGCUAGUGUUGGGGAUUUCGGGGGUUGACGUGAACAUCGAUACACCGCUGGCAGAAGCUGCGUGUCUGGGACACACAGAGAUAGUGAGGCUACUGCUGGAAAGACCAGAGAUAGACCUGAAUCUCAAAGACAGUUCCGGAAAUACACCGUUAUCAUCAGCUGCAUGUCAUGGAUUCGCAGAGGUGGUGCAGCUACUGUUAGAGCAGUCGGGGGUGGACCUGGACAGCAAAAACAACGACGGUGAGACACCGCUAUCAAGAGCCGCACGUUAUGGAUACUCAGAAGUGGUGCAGCUCCUGCUAGAGAGGCCGGAGAUAGGCCUGAACAGCAAGAACGACGACGGUGAGACACCGCUAUCAUUAGCUGUACGCCAUGGACAUGCAGAGGUGAUAUGGAUACUGCUACGUAAGCCGGGAGUAGACCUGCAAGUCGCGAGUAAGACACUUCUAUCAGCGGCUGUGGCGUCCAGGCGUAGUGAAUUAGUAAAGCUAGUGCUGGGGAUUUCGGGGGUUGACGUGAACAUCGAUACACCGCUGGCAGAAGCUGCGUGUCUGGGACACACAGAGAUAGUGAGGCUACUGCUAGAAAGACCAGAGAUAGACCUGAAUCCCAAGGACAGUUUCGGCAAUACACCGUUAUCAUCAGCUGCAUGUCAUGGAUUCGCAGAGGUGGUGCAGCUACUGUUAGAGCAGUCGGGGGUGGACCUGGACAGCAAAAACAACGACGGUGAGACACCGCUAUCAAGAGCCGCACGUUAUGGAUACUCAGAAGUGGUGCAGCUCCUGCUAGAGAGGCCGGAGAUAGGCCUGAACAGCAAGAACGACGACGGUGAGACACCGCUAUCAUUAGCUGUACGCCAUGGACAUGCAGAGGUGAUAUGGAUACUGCUACGUAAGCCGGGAGUAGACCUGCAAGUCGCGAGUAAGACACUUCUAUCAGCGGCUGUGGCGUCCAGGCGUAGUGAAUUAGUAAAGCUAGUGCUGGGGAUUUCGGGGGUUGACGUGAACAUCGAUACACCGCUGGCAGAAGCUGCGUGUCUGGGACACACAGAGAUAGUGAGGCUACUGCUAGAAAGACCAGAGAUAGACCUGAAUCCCAAGGACAGUUUCGGCAAUACACCGUUAUCAUCAGCUGCAUGUCAUGGAUUCGCAGAGGUGGUGCAGCUACUGUUAGAGCAGUCGGGGGUGGACCUGGACAGCAAAAACAACGACGGUGAGACACCGCUAUCAAGAGCCGCACGUUAUGGAUACUCAGAAGUGGUGCAGCUCCUGCUAGAGAGGCCGGAGAUAGACCUGAAUACCAGGGUCAGUUUCGACGAUACACCGUUAUCAUUAGCCGCACGUAAAGGAUACGAGAAAGUGGUGCAGCUCCUACUAGAGAGGCCGGAGAUAGACCUGAAUACCAGGGACAGUUUCGACGAUACACCGUUAUCAUUAGCCGCACGUCAAGGACACGAGAAAGUGGUGCAGCUCCUACUAGAGAGGCCGGAGAUAGACCUGAACUGCAAGAACCAACUUGGCGAUACACCACUAUCAAGAGCUGCAAAAGAGGGGAAGAAGAAGGUAGUGCAGCUUCUGUUACAGCAGUCGGGGGUGGACCUGGACAGCAAAAACAACGAGGGUGAGACACCCCUAUCAAGAGCCGCACGUUAUGGAUACUCAGAAGUGGUGCAGCUCCUGCUAGAGAGGCCGGAGAUAGACCUGAAUACCAGGGACAGUUUCGACGAUACACCGUUAUCAUUAGCCGCACGUCAAGGAUACGAGAAAGUGGUGCAGCUCCUACUAGAGAGGCCGGAGAUAGACCUGAAUACCAGGGACAGUUUCGACGAUACACCGUUAUCAUUAGCCGCACGUCAAGGACACGAGAAGGUGGUGCAGCUCCUACUAGAGAGGCCCGGGAUAGACCUGAACUGUAAGAACCAACUUGGCGAUACACCACUAUCAAGAGCUGCAAAAGAGGGGAAGAAGAAGGUAGUGCAGCUUCUGUUACAGCAGUCGGGGAUAGACCUGAACUUCAAGAACAAACUUGGCGAUACACCACUAUCAAGAGCCGCACGUUAUGGACACGCGCUAGUAGUACUGCUCCUGCUAGAGAGGCCGGGGAUAGACCUGAACUGCAAGAACCAAUUUGGCGAUACACCACUAUCAAGAGCCGCACGUUAUGGAAAGGCGCUAGUAGUACUGCUCCUGCUAGAGAGGCCGGGGAUAGACCUGAACUGCAAGAACCAACUUGGCGAUACACCACUAUCAAGAGCUGCAAAAGAGGGGAUGACGAAGGUAGUGCAGCUUCUGUUACAGCAGUCGGGGGUGGACAUGGACAGCAAAAACAGCUGUGGCCAAACACCUCUAUCAUCAGCUCUCCAGAAUAGACACACCGAGACAGCAGAACAUCUUAAAGGGGCUCUUAACUAG